UGUGGUGUUAACUAAGAAAUAUGAUUUAUUAUAAUUAAAUAUUUAUUGUCUGUUCAAAUCCUGUUUUUUUAGUUUUAUCGGUUAGACGUAUCAUUAGUUUUAAUGUUGAUGAGUAGUAAUUAUUAUUUUAAGAAAACAAAUUUAUAAAUGCAAUUUUUGAGUUUUUAGCGAAAUUAUUGAAAACAUGGACCCUCUUUUUAAAACGCCGUCUAAAGAGUCAAGUUCACCAAUAUUUCAUUCUAAUUCGUGUUCACCAUUUACUCCCAAAAAAAGUUUAGUCAAAAGAAAAGUUGGAGUGUCAAGGAUAUUGCAGUUUGAUAGUUCAGAUACUGCGUCAAACUCAAGUACUGACGUGAAACUGGAGUUCACAGAUCUCAGCCAGACAAAAAGUACAACUCAUACUAAUAACAAUGACUUAAUGUGUGUUACUCCUGUGAAAGAAUUAUCAGAACAAAAUAAAAUAUUGUUAUCGCCAAGUAUUAGAAAUCGUCCUAAUCGAUUUAAUUUAGAUCAGGAAGUAAAAGAAUCUGUUAAACCAUCUCCUAGAAAAAGAAGUGGCCAAAACAUAUCCACACCAUCAAAGCGAGUUAAGUUUAAUCCGGAAAAAAACAGGAAGAUCAAAGAAUAUUUUAAACCGGUUCAAAAUGGUCCUGAUUUGUUAAUGAACAGUAGCCAAGAAGCAUAUAAGAAUCCUAGUACAUCUAGUUUGGCUCAAGUUUCUAACAAAAGCUCGAAAAGCUCUCUAGGUACUAUAAGUGAAUCCGUUAAAACAGUAUUUGUAUGUCAAGAGUCAUAUGUAAUUUCUCAAAAUGUGUCCGUUUCUAAUGUUAUGGAUAAGACACAAAGUCAACAAUGUAAAGAAAAUUUAAAUUUGAAUAAAAAAAUAAUUAAAAGCCCAAAGACAAAUAUUUCUAUAACACCAUCUCCUAACAAAAAAACUGAACAUUUGAAUAAUGUAAUUGUUAAUAAUAACGAAAUGACACCUACAAAAAGCAUAGAUAACAGUAGUACUAUGAGUAGGAGUCCAUCAAUCCAUGAACUAUUGACUAAACCAGUAGUAAUUUCUGGUGGUGAUACAUAUAGUAGGUUUAUGAAAUUUCUAUUGUAUAGGCCCGAAGUAUUUUUUUUGGUCGAAAGGAAUUUGGAGAAAAUCAAAGAAUGUUCAGAUGACGAACUUAAGCUAUAUGGACGACUAUUGUUAAGAAAACAUGGAUGGAUAAGGUUCAAUAGUCUGGAUGGUCUUAUGAAAUAUAAAGAUAAAAAAAUAUGUAGUAACUUUGACCAAGUUCUAAAAUUGUUAGAAGAAAGGCAAAUUAUUAAUACGGAUCUUAAAUCUUGUGAACUCAACGAUUUGUUAAAUAUGUUAAAAGUUAAUGAACUCAAAGAACUAAAAACAAUUUUCAAUAUAACAUUGAAUUCCAAUAAUAAUAAGCCUAAUAUAGUUAAAGCAUUUAUGGAUUUUGUGAAAAAUCAACGAACAUUUUAUGGAAAUUCAAUUGAUAAUCUAAAAAAAAGAAUUAUAAACAAGUUAGGAUAUUGUCUGCGAUUAUCAGAUGAGCCAAGAGAAGAUGUAAUGAGUUGUUUAAUUUAUGCAUCAUACCCCUAUUUUAUUGGAGAAGAAAAAGACAGACUGCAAGAUUGUUUUUCAAAAUUUUCAAUGGUAGAAAAAGAAGAACUUAAAUUUCCUAAUUUUCAUAUGCAAAAUGUCUCGAUUAAUUUUAUUACUCGGGAAAACCUAGAGUCGUACAGAAUAGCAUUAUAUUAUCGGCAACAAGUACAUAGUCUAAUUGAACAGAAAAAUCAAGUCGAGGGCAUUAAAGUGUUGAUAACUGUGUAUGAAAAAUUAAAAUGCGAGGUUGAAGAUAAAAGUGUAAUGGAGUUAUAUACCAAAUUACCUACGUACAUGCGUAAAUUUACAGCUGCGUCAGUUUAUGCCUAUACAUUAUUUAAAAAUGUGACUCAGUUAAAAAAAUCCACUAUAAAUACUGAUUUAGCAAAAGAUGUACUACAAUAUUUAUUGGAGAAAAAAGAGUUUUUAAUUUCAAAGCGUCCAGAUUUAUAUGUUGAACUAGCUAAGCUCUAUGAAAAGCAAUACAAACAAUUAGAUCAAGCUGCCAUAGUAAUAAUCAAAGGGCUCGAAGAUGAAAUCAUUGGCGAGUUUGGUCGUCAAAUUUUGUCUACAAAAGUAGCUAUGUAUGCUAAGCGUAAGACUGGACUUAGCCAACAAGCCAAAACCCAAUUGCAAAAUGUAACAAAAAUUGAAGACAAAAAACUACCAGAAAUAACAAUUAACGGAAAAAUUAUUUCAAAUAAUGAAAGCGGCGUUACAGGACACAAGCAAGUUUAUGCCAAAAAAGUCAAAGAUGGAACUUUAUACAUGUCUGUUGAAGAACUUGCGUUAUCUCAUUAUAAAAGUCUAGGGUAUACUCAAGGAAUCCAUGACGAAGGUCAAUUAGUCAAGUCAAUGUUCUUUUUAUGUUUUUGGGAUAUAAUUUACGGAUGUUAUCCUCCUCACAUUAUUUUUAUCAGUAAAUUUCAAGACUGUCCUUUAGAUUGGCGAACACGGCAUUUUUAUACAAUAAGAGAAAAAGCGAUUAAAGAUUUGACAGCCAAAUUAAAAGCAAUGAGUGUUGAUGAAAUAUAUGAAAUGCUUAAAGAACUAUGUGAAAAAUAUUUUAAUGUUCAGUCAGUAGUCAACUGGAAAAUAAUGUGUAAAGAAACUUUACCUAAAUGUAAAGAAUUAUUAAGUUGCAUGGGAAUUGAUUUAUUCUUAUCGGUUGGAAUUCAUAUACUAGCUCAUGGCCGAAUUUAUAUGCACGGCAUGCCAGAUCUUAUUACUUGGGAUCCUUAUCGCAAAAAGUGCAUGUUCGUUGAAGUAAAAGGACCUAAGGAUAAGUUAUCUGAAAGACAACAUUCAUGGUUACUUAAACUAAUUGAAUUUGGUGCAAAUGUAGAAGUCUGUCAUGUUGUCGGAACUGGAGGCAAAAAUACUACCACUGAUACUACCAGUGAAGCUGACUGAUGUUACCAUUAAAAUAAUUUUGUGCUUAUAUUUUAUGUGCUGUUAACUCAAUGUAAAGUUAUACAAACGUAAAAGUACAAAGUGUUUUUUUUUUAGAUAAUACUUUUAAAAUGGAAAUUUUAUAUUAUAUAUUAAGUUAACCUUCAUUGACUGUGCCAAAGUUUAAUUAUAUGUUGAAAAAUAUAAUUAUUUUUCUAAUGAUACCUAUU